CCUGGAGCUGCUUUCAGAUAUUACAGCACCCAUGGGUGGAUGUAGAAGGAACUGAGUUCUCCAGACAAGACUCACCCUUCUGGCUGUUCCUGGUAGCCUGGAUCUCAAAGACAACUUUCUUUGAAGACAGGGCUAUUCCUACGAACUACUCUGAAGGCUGAGAUCUGGAGGAUUGCAGUUUCAAACUAGCCUGGGCAGAAGUCUGCCAGAUUCUAUCUUUGAGGAAGAGAGAUUUGAUGUUCUUUCCUUUGCCACUGAUGAGAAGCGUGAGGCUGAAGGAGGCGGAAGAGCCACCAGAAGCACGCUACACAGCCUCCUGCCUCUGCGGCUCUGCCCCCUGCAUCCUGUGCAGCUGCUGCCCCUCCAGCCGCAACUCCACUGUGAGCCGCCUCCUGUUCACCGGCUUCCUCUUCCUGGGAGUGCUGGUCUCCAUCAUCAUGCUGAGCCCGGGGGUGGAGAGUCAGCUGUACAAGCUCCCCUGGGUGUGCGAGGAUGGGGCCCAGACCCCCCUUGUUCUGCAGGGCCCCCUGGACUGCGGCUCCCUGCUGGGCUUCCGCGCGGUCUACCGCAUGUGCUUCGCCACCGCAGCCUUCUUCUUCCUUUUUACCUUGCUCAUGGUGUGCGUGCGCAGUAGCCGGGACCCCCGGGCCGCCAUCCAGAAUGGGUUUUGGUUCUUUAAGUUCCUGGUCCUCGUGGGCAUCGCCGUGGGUGCCUUCUACAUACCAGAUGGCUCCUUCUCGAAGAUCUGGUUCUACUUUGGCGUUGUGGGCUCCUUCCUCUUCAUCCUCAUCCAGCUCAUCCUGUUGGUCGACUUUGCCCACUCCUGGAACCAGCGGUGGCUGGGCAAGGCCGAGGAGUGCGACUCCCGUGGCUGGUACGCAGGUCUCUUCUUCUUCACCUUCCUCUUCUAUGCACUCUCUGUCGCGGCCAUUGCCCUGAUGUUCAUCUACUACACGAAGCCGGGAACCUGCCAUGAGGGCAAGAUCUUUGUCAGCCUCAACCUCACCUUCUGCGUCUGUGUCUCCAUCAUUGCUGUCCUGCCCAAAGUCCAGGAGGCCCAGCCCAACUCAGGUCUGCUGCAGGCCUCCGUUGUCACCCUGUACACUAUGUUUGUCACCUGGUCAGCCCUGUCCAACGUCCCUGACCAGAAGUGCAACCCUCACCUGCCGGGCCCCCAGAGCAACAAGACGCUCCCCGAAGGCCCUGCGUACUACGAGACCCAAUGGUGGGACGCCCCGAGCAUCGUGGGCCUGGUCAUCUUCAUCCUGUGCACGCUCUUCAUCGGCCUGCGCUCGUCCGACCACCGGCAGGUGAACAGCCUGAUGCAGACAGAGGAGUGUCCGGAGGCCACGCAGCAGCAGCAGCAGCAGCAGGUGGUGGCCUGCAAGGGCCAAGCCUUUGACAAUGAGCAGGAUGGUGUCACCUACAGCUACUCCUUCUUCCACUUCUGCCUGGUGCUGGCCUCCCUGCACGUCAUGAUGACGCUCACCAACUGGUACAGCCCCAGUGAGACUCGAAAGAUGAUCAGCACAUGGACGGCCGUGUGGGUGAAGAUCUGUGCCAGCUGGGCAGGGCUAUGCCUCUACCUGUGGACUCUGGUGGCCCCCCUGCUCCUGCCCAACCGAGACUUCAGCUGAGGCAGUACCUGCGCCUCCCGCACAGCGGCCACCAGCCCACCCCCCUCCCCAGGUCAGCCAAGCUGAGCCCCCGUCCUCAUCCAAGAAGUGCCCGGAGCUGGGCACCUUCAUUCUUAGUGCCUUAGGGUGUCAGCAGCAGCUCAUACCAGAGCCCCAACCUCUGCCACCCCCAACCACAAGCUGCCUCCUCCUUCCCUGCCUCUGAUCACCCACACAAGAGCCCCCCUUAUCUCAGUGUCCUGAGUAGGGACCAAAGAGAUAACUGGUCAGAGCUGCUCAGAGGACAGCAACUAUAUGCAAGGGUCCCUGGCACUGAGGCAGGGCCUUUGGCUCUGGCCCUUUCCUGGACCGUGUGCCUUACUGACUCUCUAAGACUCUGCCCAAUAUACAAACCUCUCUGUAUGCCUUCCCAUGUCCUGUACCCUCAGCCUUGCUCCUGCAGCCGUGGAGCGGGGUGAGGGGAGCGGAAGGUCGGGAUUGAGGCCAAUGCCUGGCCCGGCCUUGAGUCCUGGACAGCCUGGGAAGUGGGGGCCAGUGGAAAAGGAGGAGCAGAGAUUCAAAGCCAGCCUGGGCAGGAAACCUUGUGAAACUCUUAUCUCCAAUAAACUACU